AUGGAAAAUUCUGCACUCAUCAUCGUUGAUGUUUAAAAUGAUUUUUGUGAAGGAGGAUCACUUUCUGUGCAAAAUGCCUCUAAGAUCAUUCCUUAGAUAAACAAAGUUAGAAAACACUUCAAAAACGUGAUUUUCACCUAAGAUUGGCACCCUAAGAAUCAUAUUUCUUUCAAAACCAAUCACCCUAAUUAUAAAUAACUGUCUUAGCUCGAAUAAUUGAAUCUUUGGCCAGUUCAUUGUGUCCAAAAUUCUUAUGGAGCCUAAUUACACAAAGACAUUCAAAUCAGAAAUGGGGAUCACUUUAUACUUAAAGGCAAAAACUCAAAGUACGAUAGCUAUAGUGGAUUUGGAUGCAAAGAAGAUAAGACUAAUUUACAUGAAAUUCUUAAAACCUUAAAAGUGAACACUAUAUAUGUUGGAGGAUUAUCAUUUGACUAUUGUGUUCUGUUCACAGCCUUGGAUGCCAUCAAAUUAGGAUACAAAGUAAAUGUCUUAAGAGAUUGCACUUAAGCAAUCGACCCAGAAAAUGCGAAAACUAAAAUGGACUCUUAUUUUCAGGAAAUCCGUCGUUAAGACAGCUCAAUUUUAGAAAAUUCCUUACAAAUUUUAACUUCAUAUGAAGUAGAAGAAUGA